AUGGCCCUCGAAACCUGGCUCAUCAAGGUCAAAACGGCGCUGUCGCACAGCCUCACGAAGAAACCGUCGUUUUCCUCGUCGAAGCCAAAGCACGUCGCCGUUUUGUCCUUCGAGAUCGCGAACGUGAUGUCGAAGCUCCUCCACCUCUGGCAGUCCCUCUCCGACGCCAACGUCAUUCGCCUCCGCAACGACGCCAUCGCGCUCGAAGGCGUGCGCAAGCUCAUCUCAAACGACGAGUCUUUUCUUCUAAGCCUCGCCGUGGCCGAGUUCGCCGACUCGCUCAGACUCGUUGCCAACUCGGUCUCCCGACUCAGCAACUACUGCCACGAACCUUCUCUCCGAUCCUUCCACCGAAUCUUCACCGAGUUCGCGAACUCAGGCCUCGACCCGCGCGCGUGGACCCUCACCACCCCGAAAGACAUCGAAACCAAACACAGAAAAUUGCAACAUUACGUGACUCUCACGGCAACACUCCACAAAGAAAUCGACGCUCUCACGCUCCUCGAAAGCGCGUUUAAAAAAGCGCUUCUCAACGCUGACAACGCCGCCACCGAACACUCCUCUCACAAAAAACUAAGCGAUCUUCAGCAGAAGAUUUUCUGGCAGAAGCAAGAGGUGAAGAACUUGAAGGAACGGUCGUUAUGGAACAAAAACUUCGAUGGGGUUGUUUUGUUGUUAGCAAGGUUUGUUUUCACCGUGUUAGCGCGGAUUAAAGUUGUCUUCGGAAUCGGCCAUAGUAGUAGUGUUCCCUUUUUGUCACGUAGUUUGUCUUCCGUUUAUCCCUCCGAUCACCAAAACCCUAUUUCUUCUUGCUCCUUUGUAUCUGGGCCGUUGAAAAGCUCAAAACUUGACGACGAAAAUGAAAAUUUGGGAAAUGGGUUUUUCGAGUCUAAUUGCAAGGUGUUGAAGUUGAAGGGUGACGGUGACAGUGAUACUUUGGGUGCUUCAGCUUUGGCCUUGCACUAUGCAAACUUGGUAAUGGUGUUGGAGAAGAUGAUAAAGUCACCCCAGUUGGUUGGGGUGGAUGCCAGAGAUGAUUUGUAUGGGAUGUUACCAAGUAGCAUAAGGUCAUCUUUAAGGGCAAGAUUGAGAGGGGUGGGGUUUUCUGCAUGUGAUGAUCACGUGCUCGCCGGAGAAUGGAGGGAUGCAUUGGGGAGGAUUCUGGGGUGGCUGGCACCAUUGGCACAUAACAUGAUAAAGUGGCACAGCGAAAGAAGCUAUGAGCAGCAGAACUUAGUACCAAAAACCAAUGUGUUGUUGUUGCAGACUUUGUUCUUUGCAAACAAAGAGAAGACAGAAGCUGCCAUCACUGAGCUGCUUGUGGGGUUGAACUAUGUUUGGAGGUUUGAGAGGGAAAUGACAGCUAAGGCAUUGUUUGAAUGUACCAAAUUUAAUAAUGGCUUCUUAAGCUUGCACAAGCCCAGCUAA